GUUUUGUUUAGAUAAAUCACAACAGUUAAUCGAUAACCAAGUAAAAUUUAUUUACUCAUCAUCAGAAUCAAAUGUCACACCGCAACAAAUGAAAGAAUCUAGAGCUUUAAUAAGAUUAAAAUUUUUAGUAAAUGAAAAUUUAUUUUACAUUUAUAUAACAGAAAUGAAUUUAGAUCAAGCAUUUCAAGAAAUUAAAAAUUGUGUCGAAAUAUUUCAAACUUAUCCAACUUUAUUUAAUAAUGGCUAUGAAUCAACAAUUCAUUAUAUAUCUUCAUUAUUUUUACAAUCAAUUAAAAACUAUAAUUUAUCAAAAGAUCAUUUAAAUUUAGCUAUAAAUGUAAAACUUGGUGAAAUUGAAAGAGCCUCAACAUUAGUAAAAGAUUAUCUUUUAACACUUUCAAAUCAUCCACAACUAACUCUUAGAUGUGCAUCAUUAUUCUUAGAAGGUGUUUUAUCAAUAGUUCAUUCACCAGAAAUCGCAAAGAAUAAAUUUAAAGAAUGUUUAAAUAUCUCAAGUAAUCAAAUUGGUAAUGUUCAAUUAACUUUAAAUACUUUAAAUCAAUUAGCAAAACUUUAUCUCUCAUUGUAUCCAAAUAAAAACUCAAUUCCUGAACCUUUUAAAUCAAAUAUAAACUCAAUGUUAAACUCUUCAUUAACAUUUUCAAAUUUAUUAAAUGAUUUAAACUCGAAAUGUUGUACUUUAAAAAUAUUAUCAGAUUUAAUUGAAGAUAAUCAAGAUAUUAAUACAAAUAUUUUUCAUUUAGUUGCAAAUAAAAAUCUAAUAAUAUCAAAUUUCAAUAAUUCUAUUGAUAAAAAUCAAUAUUUAUUAAAUUUAUUAAAUUUAAAUAAAAAUACGAAUAAUGCUAAUCCCACAAAUUAA